AUGAUGCUGCAGAGGAAGAAGUGGAGGCCCGAGCUGCUGCUCUGGAUCCUGCUCUGGAUUCCUCUCCAGCCUGGCCCCCCCCACACGGUGUCGGCCGUCAACCUCAGGCGCUUCGUCGGCUGCGCAGUCAGAGAGUUCACCUUCCUGGCCAAGAAGCCCGGCUGCAGGGGCAUGCACAUCACCACCGACGCCUGCUGGGGGCGCUGCGAGACCUGGGAGAAGCCGGUGGUGGACGCUCCCUACAUCGAGUCCCAUCAGCGCGUGUGCACCUACAACGAGAGUCGCCUGGUCACCGUGAAGCUGCCGAGCUGCCAGGCCCACGUGGACCCGGCCUACACCUACCCCGUGGCCCUGAGGUGCCACUGUGGCGUGUGUGUGACCAGCACCACCGAGUGUGUCACCUUCGUCUGA